AUGUGGAAGUGCCCAGUUCAGCGGCGCAGUCUCGCCUCCAUAACGCGGAGGUGGGCCUCCUCGGAGACGACUCAGCAAUCAUUCCCUCCCGCUGAGUGGUCUCACCCUCCUUCAAGCGCUUCGAUUUCUGAUGAAGAAAUAUAUCGUUUGGCCGCAAAGCCUCGACAGCCCUUGACCCUCGCUGACCUUGUCAAACAUGGCAAACCACCGCUUCCUGACGAUGCUCUUCUCUCCUCAGCCAACUUUACCCUCUCUCGUCUCCCUGCCCGCUUGGCCCACCGGAUUCAAGCUCUUCGCAACCUCCCCUUUAUUGUCGUGGCGAAUCCCAAUGUUUCCAAGAUCUAUAAUAACUACCUACACUCGCUCUCCUCACUUGAGCCCUUCUACAAGAGGUCCAUCACCACGAUAGAGGACGAGAUGAAGUUCACUGAAAUCAUGGCCGAUUUGGUCCGCACUCACUCCAAUACCAUUCCCACCCUUGCUCAGGGAUUCCUCCAAUGCAGAAAAUACAUCGACUCGGCGGAGGUCACCAAGUUCCUUGACCAACAUCUUCGUGCACGGAUUGGCACGCGCCUCGUCGCCGAACAGCACCUCGCUCUACACAUGGCGAGUACAGGUGAAGCUGCUCAGCAGCCUCCAGAUCCAAACCAUGUUGGCGUGAUCGACCUCGCUCUUCAACCGGCCAGUAUCAUCCGACAAUGUGAGUCAUUCGUCGCCGAGGUCUGCGAGCUGAAAUAUGGCAUUCGCCCGUCUCUGGUCAUCAAUGGUGAAGUUGACGCCGAGUUCGCACAUAUUCCCAUGCACAUUGAGUACAUCAUCACCGAGCUCCUCAAAAACGCCUUCCGUGCAACCAUCGAGUCCGGUAAUGAAGCCUAUCCCAUCGAAGUAACCAUCGCCUCGGCGCCGGAUGUCACGACCACCAAGUUAGAUGCACUCAAGAAAUUGUCUGUUACGGAAAACACAAACCAUGAUUUUUCCCAGGAUGGGCUUGUGGAAUACUGUUUUGGCAACGAUGGCGAUAUGCCUCCAUUGAAGACCGCGGCUCCUUGCAUCACCCUCCGUAUCCGUGACAGAGGAGGUGGCAUUUCGCCAGAGGCCCUGCCUAACAUCUGGAGCUACAGCUUCACAACCUUCAACAAGGAAGAAGCAGACAUGGCUGCCCACGGUGGCAAUGGCAAUUCCGAGGGCUUGAAUGCAAUCGCAGCGAGUGGGAGCAAUCAAAGCUCGAUAGCUGGGCUGGGCUAUGGAUUACCUCUGGGCCGGGCUUAUGCCGAAUACUUCGGUGGCGGCAUUUCUUUACAGAGUAUGUACGGGUGGGGCACAGACGUCUACCUCACUUUACAGGGAAUUGGUAAAAUAGACGUCUUGAAGAAACGUCCAAGUGCGUUCGAGGAGUUCGAGAGUGAACAUGAACAAGAGCAGAGAAGGAAGAGUUGA